AUGGAUGAACACCAACACUCGUUGCUCGACCUAGAAUACAAACUCCUCCAUGAGUUAUCCGCCAUUCACUCGAACAUUAACCAACUAUGCCCCAUCAACUCCCUCUUCCCAGCGGAAAUCCUGCAAAUUAUAUUCACAUUCUGUAUGGCUCAUGCAGACGCUCACGGAACCCCAUCCAAACCUCACCUUUCCUUCACCCAAGUCUGUCGACACUGGCGAAUUCUCGCACUUGAGAUGCCUGCAUUAUGGUCAACCAUCGACAUAUGCGACCCUCUGCUGGCUUCAUUAUACCUUUCCAGAUCAGGAGAUACGUUAAUUUCAUUAUUCACCAAAAGGUCACCCACGGAAUUUAAUGGAACAUUGGCGUUAAAUGAAGUGAAGAAUAGAAUACGGAAGAUUGAUGUCCUUCUGUUCCCAAACUCCUUGGUCCGGUUGUUUUGCAAUAUUGCGGGUUUUCCAUUCGAGUUUCCGAGUCCACGGAUGGUCGAUGCUCCUGGGAGCCUUUGGUUGGGAAAUCUUACAGACCUCACACUAUGUGUUCCAGCCAUCUGUGAUCCCGUCGAUCUCUCUUCUCUUUAUGUUGGCUCCGUGAGACGGCUGGUGCUGUCAGGCGUUCGGGUGGAUUGGGGAACUACGAGUUCGGAGUUGAAGGUCCUGGAUUUGAGCAGGUUACCUGACCAUUUUGCGCCGACUGUGGAGGAACUGUUUGGGAUAUUUGAUAGAGCGAAACAGUCAAUUGAAGAGGUGAAUUUUGAGGAUUUCUUUUCUCCGGGGCCUGAUGCCCUCCCUUGGACGGAGAAGAUAGAAACUACUUGUCUCCGGAAACUCAGUAUCUCAUCGAGAGAUAAAGAAUUCAUCCAGCAGAUUGUUUUGGUCCUGACUACUGGUCCUAAUACAGAGGUUGAGGUCCAACAUCGAGGUGAUAGGAUGACGGUAGAUGAAGGGAGAUUGGUUUAUUGCAGUGGUCGAGACUUACAAAGACACUACACGGAGGAGUCAGUGAGCCUCCUUGGAUAUCGUUAUCCAUUUUGA